CCCCGCCCCCGAGGAGCAGGACUGUUGCGUGUUUGAGUUGGUGUGUGCCUUUGAAUAAGAGAUUCAAAUAAACCUGCCACGAGUUUGCCAAAAUCGGUGAAACCUGUCAUCCUUUGAAGUUUUGAGGAGACUUCCUUUUUAUUUGAGUAGAUCAACUUUGAAAGAACUAAAAAGCAGAUGAAAAGGGUGAAACUUUAUGGACAUGGCUUCGCAUACCUGAAAUUUUUUUCCCCUUUGGAAAAUCUGGGCAAAGAUAACUAAAGCUGAAGUCUGUUGUGAAUGAUAAAGCUCCGCAGGUCAAUUGAGUGCUCAAGAUGCGGACAGAAUGGCUGGGAAAAGGGACAAAUUUAGCUGUGUAUCAUGGCAAAAUGUGCAGGGAAACAUGACAGCAAAAACACUGUUUUCAUGUAACAUUGCAACAGCAUUUCUGUCUUUAAUUAUUGCAAAGAAAUGUGAAGCCUAUGAUGUGAUGUUGAGGCAAAGUCUUGUGCCUGAUGGGCAGCCUCUCGCUAUUAAAUGUUCACUGGAAAAGAGCUUGAAAAUUGGAGACUACAACUUAACAUGGUAUAAAGUUGGCAACCAGACAGCUGUGCCAAGAGACAAACUGUCUAGAGUUCAUCAGCAGAAGAAUUUAAUUUGGUUUCUUCCUGCAAUAUUAGAAGAUUCUGGAGAUUAUGAAUGUGUCAUAAGGAAUUUGACAAGCUGCAAAAAAAUGUGUACAAAAGUAACAGUUUUUGAGAGGAUUGAUGGUUUAUGCUUAAAUGAAAAAUUUGCUGUAGAAGAGGUGAUAUUCACAUCAUCUUCUGCAAAGAUCGUGUGUCCCCACUUGGAUUAUUUCAGGAAAGAGGAGAGUAUUCAGCCUGUUCGUUGGUAUAAGGACUGCCAGCUGCUGGAAGGAAAAAGGUUUGCCCUUUCAAACAGUGACCUUAUAAUUUUCAAUGUGACUGUAGAUGAUCGAGGAAACUAUACGUGUGAAACAAUAUAUACCUACAAUGGGAAACAAUAUAACAUUUCACGAGAUGUCAGUCUGAUUGUAGAAGUGACCCCACCAAAGAAGCCUCCAGAAAUAACUUAUCCAAGAAACAACUCCAUUGAAGUGGAACUUGGCUCAGAGGUUACUGUGGAUUGCAAUACAACAGGUGCUGAUGGGUAUGAGGUGUACUGGACAGGCAACGGUGUGGAUAUUGAUAUAUUUUAUAUGAGCAGAAUUUUUACAAGUCCCUAUGAGGGAGAAACUUCUUAUGAUGGGCGCCCUAUGCAUUCUGUGAAGCUAAUAAUUUCAGAAGUGAGCAGUGAAGAUUACGAACAGCCUUUUGUCUGUCAAGCUUCUAAUGCCUUUGGGCAAGUUGCAUCCUAUAUUAUAUUAAAACACAGAGUUCCUGACAUACGAAGAUGGCUGACUACAGGGCUUGUCUCUUUGUUAAUUUUAACAUUUAUUUCCUUAAUAAUCUACAAGAUUUUCAAGAUUGAUUUGGUGCUUUGGUACCGUAAUUCUGUCUGUGCCCUUACAAGUAAGAAAGAUGGGAAAAUCUACGAUGCAUAUGUUCUGUACACAAAAAGCAGUGAAGGCAGAAGGAUCUGUUGUCUGGAAACCUUUGUUCGUAAGAUACUCCCAGAAGUUUUAGAAAAACAGUGUGGAUAUAACCUUUUCAUAUUAGGAAGGGAUGAUUUACCAGGAGAAGCUGUGGUCAGUGUUGCUGACGAAGCCCUUAAGCAAAGCAGAAGACUGAUGAUUAUUUUGGGAUCAGAAACAUCUAGGUGCUGCCUGUUAGAAGACACCUCUGAGCAACAACUAGCUAUGUAUAAUGCUCUCAUCCGUGAUGGGAUUCAAGUGAUUCUUAUAGAAGUGGGUGAAAUACAGGACUACACAAGCAUGCCAGAAUCAAUCAGAUACAUUAAGCAAAAACACGGAGUUAUUCAAUGGAAAGGGGACUUCUCAGAGAAAUCUUGUUCAGCAAACACAAGAUUCUGGAAAAAUGUGCGCUAUCAAAUGCCAUCCAGGAAGAAGGUACCUUAUUCUGAAGUGCAUUUGUUGCCCCUAACUUUGAACAGUUCUGCAGCAAAGGAAAGUUAAGAAUCACUUAUUUAAAUAAUACUAAGAAGAUAAUUCUGAACUGGGAUGUUUCUUGCAUAGUCUUUAUACUACAAAGUAGAUGUUUUCUUCGAGGAGUAGAAACUGCUCAACCCGUCCAUAAAUUACACCCUGAAAGAAAAAACUCUGUGCAACUUUAUUUCUGUUGCGGGUUUUGGAUGGUGGCGCAGUUUGUUGUGUUAGUCUCCAUCAAAUAUUAUAAGUUAACAUGGUGAUGGUGAUAGGCUUUUAAGUAGCCAUGGUCCACAUAAAUGUUGUAUGAAGAAACAGCUGUGAAGUCCAUUUUCUAAAAAUCAAAAUUGCAAUUGAUAAAUUAAAAUUCUAUUUCUAUCAUCAGGAUUUUCCCAGUCAUUCUGUUCCAAAUCAUCAUGAUUGUCUGAUUUCCUUAUUGCUGCAAGAAUCUGCUCUGUGCAAGCUUUGUCUCCUGAGCAACAAACCUUACUCUGGCUUCUUGAAAGGGUUGGGGAAAUACAUGACAUAGCAGGUAUAUUUAAAACUCAUCACAACACUAAUGUGUUCAGCAAAUGGAAGGGAAUGAAAUAGGUGGAUUUUUAGACUGUUGAACAAUUCUGUGAUAUCUGGUAUAUGUUUUAAACUUAGUCUCUUGUAAUGCUUAGAAAACUUAAAAUAGUUCAUAUUUCUUGAGCACAGGACGCUUUCCGGGUUGUGCUACUACUCUGGAAACCAGAUGUUCUCAUGAUGUGUCUCAGCUGUGCACAGACAUUCACUGAGAAUCUAAUGAAGAACUGUGCUUGGGCUGGGUAUCCAGGAGAGUGGAAAGUGGCCGGUUCUGAAACAUGACCAAAUUCUAAUGGCAAGAAACGGUGUCUCACCUACUUGUGGAAGAAAAAGUUAGAGGCUAUGUCAAACUGCUUGAGAGUAGCUUGGUAUUUCUGGACCCCAAUCCACUUUCUGUCUGCAUCACUGUGAGAAAAUGACAUGCUGCUUCCUUUUCAAGGUGGUCUGAAGCAGCAGGAGUUUUCACUCUCCAGGCUUGAAGAACAUAAUCUGAAUACAAAUAACAGUUUUGCUUGCUUUUUAAAAAUUAUUUUCUGAAGUUACGUAGGUUCUAACAUCAUGUUUAUUCCCAGAAUAACAUCUGCCAUGGAAUUCCUUUCAGUUGGUUCUCAGAGGUAUGUAUAUUUCGAAUAUAUUCUUCACUGGGCUGUAUUGAUGGGAGAGAAAGCAAAAUCUAGGAGUAGAAAUACAUAAUCAAAGGGGAAGAUUUCCAAUAGCAUUUCAUGGUACUUCUUUCUUUGUAAAGGUGUAGUAGGUACUCCUUAGGAGCAGUGUCUCAUUCUCCUGGCUGUGGGGUUCAUAACUGUGUAAUUUUCCACAGCCUUCACUAGCUAGAGACAUGUUCUGAGGUGUCAUCAAGAAAACUGGGAACAUUAUAGAUCCAUCAGAUGAGGUACUAUUGUCCUAGUAGAUGUUGA